AUGCAUGUCGGAGGCUGUUUCUGCGGAAAUGUUCGAGUCGAAUUGAAUGGCGACCCUAUCAACUGGGGAUUAUGUCAUUGUCUCGACUGUCGGAAGCUUACGGGAGGAGCCUAUAGCUACAGUUUGAUCGUCAAAACCACAAAACUAGCCAUUUCUGGAAAUCCGAAAGAAGUGCCGAAAACAGCGGAUAGUGGGAAUUUUGUUAAUAACUAUUUCUGUCCUGACUGUGGUACCCCGCUUUUUGGCCACAGGAUCAACGCCGACGGAUCUCGUGCCGAGAUCACAGUUGUCCGGGCAGGAAUAUUUGACGACAUCCGACUUUUAGACCAAUCGAAGCCCGGGGUGGAAUUAUAUUCUGAGAGUCGAUUGAAAUGGUUGUGUGCCGUUGAGGGGGCUAUUCAAGUUAGCGGCAUGAUGCCCUUGCAAUAA